AUGGGUCGAUAUAUUCAUCUUUUUCAUGUCCCAUUUUCAGAAUUACCCGCACAUCGGCUUGAUAUUGGAGAUUUAUUUUCUAAUUCAUCGGAUUCAAAAGAUAAACCUAAUUUAGACGUACUUACACAACAUAUUUUACUUGAAGGUCGUCUUACUGAACAAGCUGCACGUCGAAUUAUCGAAACCGGCAAGAAUUUUUAG